AUUCACGAGCCACAGCUCCGCCGCAUUCCGCCAUGGACCGCCGCCUCCGAGAAUCCGUGACGCGCGGCGAUGUCCAGGCUCUCCGAGAACUGAUCCGUCUCGACGAGAACUUGAUGAAACAAUCCUCUUUAGGGUCCCAAAGCAACACCAUUCUCCACCUCGCGGCCAUGCUUGGCCACGUGGACUACACGGCCGAGGUGGUGGCCGCGUGGCCGGAGAUGGCCGCGGCUGAGAACGCCGAGCUGGAGACGCCGCUGCACCAGGCGUCCAGACAAGGCCACCUCGAGAUCGUGAAGCUGCUGCUGGACACCGAUCCGUGGCUGGCCUACAAGCUCAAUUCAAGAAACGAGAGCGUCUUCUUCGCCGCCUGCCAGCGCGGCCGCCUUCUCGUCGCCAAGCAUCUCGCCGAGAGCUUCCCCGCCCUGCUCAUGCUGGAGUUGGAUAUGGAACUCACUUCCCUUCAUGUUGCUGCUUCUUCUGGUUAUACAGAGAUAGUGAAGGAGAUUGUGAAUCGACAGCCGGAUUUGGCGUGGAGAAGGAGCCCCCAAGGGUGGACUCCUCUGCACCUAGCCUGCAGCAAGGGCCAUCUUGAGAUAACAAGGGAGCUUGUGAAGCUGGACUCUGAUCUCUGCUUGAUCGAAGACGGAGAGGGGCGUACCCCUCUCCAUUGCGCUGCUAUCAAGGGCCGGAUUAACAUAAUAGACGAGAUCCUCUCUCUCAGCCUCGAGCUCUUCGAGGCCACCACCAAAAAUGGGGAGACUGUCCUGCACUUGGCUGUCAAGAACAAUCAGUAUGAAGUUGUCAAGUACUUAACCGAGUCUCUCAACAUGACUAAGCUUCUUAAUAUGCAAGAAAACGACGGAAACACUGUCUUGCACUUGGCUACUGCUGGGAAACUAACUGCUAUGGUUAUAUAUCUGCUCAAAAUCGGGAUCGAGGUGAAUUGCUUGAAUGGGAAGGGAUACACAGCUCUGGAUGUGGUAGAAUCGGAUGCAAGUCACUCGGGUGCUCUGGCUAUCGUGCCUGCAUUGCUUGAGGCAGGAGCGAAGAGGUGUGAUCAGCUCUCUCCCGGGAUGAGAGACAUCCAGCAGUUGGUCGAGUCGAGUUCUAGAAGGUUCAGUGAGGUUAGCCAUAGGAAGCCACUGCCUUGGCCUAAUACAACUCCACAGCACCAACGCCAUCGCCACAAGAGUCACCACAGGGCUAGUAAGCUGGAGCUGCAGAACGAGGGGCUGAGGAACGCGAGAAAGACUGUGACCAUCGUUGCAGUCUUGAUUGCAACCGUGACAUUUGCUGCGGGGAUCAACCCCCCUGGUGGAUUCAGCCAAGACAAUGGGAAGGCUCUGAGGGGGGACAGGGCUGCUUUCAAGGUGUUCAUGGUCUGUAACAUAGCUGCAUUGUUUCUGUCCGUGGGCGUGGUGAAUGUUCUGGUGAGCAUCAUCCCCAUCACGAGGAGGACGAUGAUGAAGCUCAUGAGCGCCACGCACAAGGUGAUGUGGCUGUCCACGUUGUUCAUGACUGCAGCCUACAUUGCUGCUAUCUGGACCAUCAUGCCUGAGGAUAAGGGGGCUCGUUGGGUGUCCGUGGAGCUGCUGGUGUUCGGAGGUGGGUGCUCGUCUGUGGUGUUCUCCGGGCUUGCUUGGCUGCUGGUCAGGCAUUGGUACAACAAGUAUAAAUGGAGGAAGGCGAAGCUCAAGAGGAUUAAGGAGGAAAGCCCGCAUAGCAGCGUUAGCCGUGUUGAUGAGCUGAGGAUGAUGAGAAGGAACCAUGAUAGUAGUACUAAUUCAGAUGUAGAUAGCUCAGAUCAUGGCUAUCAUUUGUACUAGUUUUUUUCUGUUUUUGACAGAAAACUGCUUGGUUUUAGUUGUAUGAGUAAUGCAGUUUGCGUA